AUGGUAAUUCCCGAAGAGUUUGCUAGACAGGGGAAGAGUCAAAAGGUCUGCAAACUACACAAAUCUCCAUAUGCUCUUAAACAUGCUCAUAGGCAGUGGAAUUUGAAGCUUACUGAAGCUCUGGCAUUAAUGGGAUUUGAGCAAAGUCACUAUGACUAUUCCCUAUUUACUAAGAAGGCUACAGGUGAUGUGGUAAUAGUUCUGGUGUAUAUGGUUUCCCUACUGGUCACUGGAAAUAAUCCAAGUCUGAUUAAUGAUACUAGGUGCAAACUGCAGCAGAGGUUCAAGAUAAACGAUCUAGGGGAGUUAAAGUUCUUCCUUGGUAUUGAAUUUGUAAGAUCAAAUAAAAGUAUUUUUAUGUGUCAAAAGAAAUAUGCCCUUGAGCUAGUUGCUGAGGCAGGUCUAGGAGGUGCUAAACCAGCCGGUAUUCCACUAGAACUAAACCAGGAACUCACAUCAGUAAAGUAUGAUGAAUGUGUCAAACAUAAGGAAUCAAGUGAGGAUAAGCAGGUUGAAGAUCCCAGUAGCUAUCAAAGGUUGGUAAGGAGAUUAUUGUAUCUAACUAUGACCAGACAUGACAUUGAUUUUGCAGUGCAGGUAUUAAGUCAAUGUGUGCAUUGUCCUAAAGUAUCUCAUAUGGAAUCAACAUUAAGGGUAGUGAGGCGUAUCAAAGAAGCUCCUGGUCUGGGAUUGAUUAUGCCUACAAGAGACACUGAGCAACUCACUGCCUACUGUGACUCUGACUGGGGAGCCUGUGUAGAAACAAGAAGAUCAGUCACUGGCUACCUAGUUAAGUUUGGGAAGUCUUUGGUAUCCUGGAAAUCCAAGAAGUAG